GCCACGCGGCGACGUCCGAAGCCCACAGCGCGCUCGGGGCUGGUGCCGCGCGCUGCCUGCCGUCGCCGCCCGCACGCCCGGCGCCCCGUCGGGAGUUGUGGAGACUGCAACGCCUCCAAGUUCUUGUAGGCUUGCAAAGUUUAGUCGCGGUGCGCAACAAAGGGAAAGCGCGCCCGGAGCGCAGGCCGGCACGGCGGCAGCGCGCGUGCCCUCGCAGCCCGCCGGGCCGAGACGCGUGCGGACCCCGACCCCAGUGUGCCCGCUCAGUCUCUCUCUCUCUCUCCCUUUUUUGCUCCAGUCAUGGAAGGGGUGGAGGAGGCGGAGGCCGACUGCUCCGUGGCGUUCGCCGAGGCUCGGAGAUGGGUGGAGGCAGUAACAGAGAAGAAUUUUGAAACAAAGGAUUUCCGAGCCUCUCUAGAAAAUGGUGUUCUGUUGUGUGAUUUGAUCAAUAAGCUUAAACCUGGUGUCAUUAAGAAGAUCAAUAGACUGUCCACACCAAUAGCAGGUUUGGAUAACAUCAACGUUUUUUUGAAAGCUUGUGAACAGCUUGGAUUGAAAGAAGCCCAGCUUUUCCAUCCUGGGGAUCUGCAGGAUUUAUCAAAUCGAGUCACUGUCAAUCAAGAAGAGACUGAUAGGAGAGUGAAAAAUGUUUUGAUAACAUUGUACUGGCUGGGACGAAAGGCACAAAGUAACCCGUGCUAUAAUGGGCCCUAUCUUAAUUUGAAAGCAUUUGAAACUCUUUUAGGACAAGCUCUGACUAAGGCACUUGAAGACUCCAGCUGCCUGGCAAGGAGUGGCAGAGACAGUGGCUACGGUGACAUCUGGUGUCCUGAGCGGGCAGAAUUCCCUGCUCCUAGUGCUGGCAACCCGCAGCGAGAAGAUUCCUUUGAAAGCUUGGACUCUUUGGGGUCCAGGUCACUGGCAAGUGGUUCCUCCGACAUCACCUUGAGAGGGGCACGUGAGGGUUGUGAAAGUGACACGGAUUCUGAAUUCAUACUCAAAAUGCAAGAUUUUAAUAAAGAUGAUAUGUCCUAUCGAAGGAUUUUGGCUAUCGAACCCAAGUCUGCUUUACCAUUCAAUCGUUUUUUACCCAACAAAAGUCGACAGCCAUCCUAUAUGCCAGCACCCUUGAGGAAGAAGAAACCAGACAAAAAUGAGGAUAACAGACGGAGCUGGGCAAGUCCAGUCUAUACGGAAGCAGAUGGAACGUUUUCAAGUAACCAGAGGAGGACUUGGGGCAGCAAGGUGCAGCACUGGCCAACUGUGCAAGAGACUCCAGGCUCCUCUUGUUCUUUGGAAGAGGCAGAAGAAAAGGCAACGAGCGUUCCCAGCACUGUAAAGGAUGAUCUCUAUGUGCGAAAGCUAAGUCCAAGUGUGCCAAACCCAGGGAAUUCUUUCGAUCAGUUUCUCCCAAAAUGCUGGGCCCCAGAAGAUGUGAACUGGAAAAGAAUAAAAAGGGGGACUUAUAAGCCAUGGUAUAAAGAAUUUCAGGGAUUCAGUGGACGGAAUUCAGAUUCUGAGGAUGACGACUUGGGCUCUGACAGAAGCUCCACCAUUUUUAGUAGAAUACAAAGAGCAGAGUGCAGGCUAGACAGCGGCUGGCCACGACAUUCACUCUUGCUGGAUCUAGCUACCAAACGGGCCGUAAAGUCACGGGACAGCCACGCGGCCAGGAGAAGCAGCGGUGCUUCAGAUGAGCCCAGUCAGUUUUUAUUGCUUCAGGCUUUCCAAACAUACUCUGAUGACAUCUUGUCUUCUGAAACAAAUGUCAGGAUUGAUCCCACUUCUGGCCCAAGGCUCAUUACACGCAGAAGGAAUCUCUCUCACGCAGCAGGCCAUGGAAGGGGUGACUUCGAGUUGUCAGCCCUGGAUCCUGACUUAGAAAACGAUGACUUCUUUGUCCGAAGGAUGGGGGCUUUCCACGCAAACCCGUGUGUUCUUCAAGCCUUUGAGGACUUUAGGAGGUUCUCUGAGCAGGACGAUCCUGUGGAGCGAGACAUAAUUUUGCAGUGUAGAGAAGGGGAGCUUGUGCUUCCAGAUUUAGAAAAAGACGAUAUGAUAGUUCGGCGAAUCCCAGCACAGAAGAAAGAAGUGCCUCUGUCUGGGGCCCCAGAUAGAUACCAGCCAGUCCCUGUCCCUGACCCCUGGACUCUACCUCCAGAAAUCCAAGCCAAAUUCCUGUGUGUGCUCGAGAGGACGUGCCCACCCAGAGAAAAAAGCCCCAGCUGUAGGAUACUCGUUCCUUCAUUUCGGAGGAAAGACGACGACAUGCUGACCCGCAAGAUCCGGUCUUGGAAGCUGGGGACCAGCGUGCCUCCAGUGAGCUUCACUCCUGGCCCCUGCAGCGAGGCCGACCUGCAGAAGUGGGAGGCCAUCCGCGAGGCCAGCCGACGUCGGCACAAGAAACGGCUGAUGGUGGAGAGACUCUUUCAAAAGAUUUAUGGUGAGAAUGGGAGCAAGUCCAUGAGUGAUGUCAGCGCGGAGGAUGUGCAGCACCUGCGUCAGCUGCGUUAUGAGGAGAUGCAGAAAAUCAAAUCACAAUUAAAAGAACAAGACCAGAAAUGGCAGGAUGACCUUGCAAAAUGGAAAAGUCGGCGGAAAAGUUACACUUCAGACCUGCAGAAGAAAAAAGAAGAGAGGGAAGAAAUUGAAAAGCAGGCACUUGAGAAGUCUGAGAGAAGCUCCAAGACCUUUAAGGAAAUGCUGCAGGACAGGGAAUACCAACAUGAAAAGUCUGCAUUUACACUAAGAAGAAUGUAUUCCUCUGAUGAUGUAUUGAACAGUGAGGAGCAACCCGCAAGACUGAUUGUGUCAGAAGCAAGUUACCAGAGUGAGAGAGUGGAAAAAGGGCUAGCUCCUACCCCAGCUUUGUCAGAAGCAAGCUACGGGAGUGAGAGAGUGGAGAAAGGGCUAGCCCCUACCCCAGCUCUGUCAGAAGCAAGCUACGGGAGUGAGAGAGUAGAGAAAGGGCUAGCUCCUACCCCAGCUUUGUCAGAAGCAAGCUACGGGAAUGAGAGAGUGGAAAAAGGGCUAGCUCCUACCCCAACUCUGUCAGAAGCAAGUUACUGGAGUGAGAGAGUGGAGAAAGGGCUAGCUCCUACCCCAACUCCGUCAGAAGCAAGUUAUUGGAGUGAGAGAGUGGAAAAAGGGCUAGCUCCUACCCCAACUCCGUCAGAAGCAAGUUACUGGAGUGAGAGAGUGGAAAAAGGGCUAGCUCCUACCCCAGCUCUGUCAGAAGCAAGUUAUUGGAGUGAGAGAGUGGAGAAAGGGCUAGCUCCUACCCCAACUCCGUCAGAAGCAAGCUACGAGAGUGAGAGAGUGGAACAGAAGGGCCCAGCGUUCCGUACAGAAAGUCCUAAAGAAGACUCAACAACUUUUACAAAAAGAGAGGACAGUAUAAUAGCUGAAUUCCAGCUUCCUUCUCGAAAGCCCACAGAAGAGCGUCCACCCUCUGUAUCUUCUGAACAUUCACUGCGCACACAAAUGGAGGCGACUCGAGUUUCAGCGUCUCUCCCCAGAAGCUACCAGAAAACUGAUACAGCCAGGUUGACAUCUGUGGUCACACCGAGACCUUUUGGCUUCCAGUCAAGGGGAACCUCAUCACUCCCCAGAUCUUACACGAUGGAUGAUAGUUGGAAGUAUAAUGGAGAUGUCAAAGGCUUUAAGAGCGUUCAAAAUAAUUCAAGCAGCACCUCUGCCCCCAGACCUGACACAAGUCACCUCUCAGGGAGUUUAUCCAUUGAGAGACAGGCAGCCACAGAAGAUGUGGUGAGACUGCCCUCUCCUACACCCUCCUCCUCGUCUCUGUCUCAAGACCAGGCUGUCACCUCUAAAGCCACGCUGUCUACAUUGUCUGGCACCGAUUCCACGUCUGAGUUUGGAGAAGGGAGAUACUCACCACAAAGAGAAGUCUCCAGCUCGCAGGAUCAGUUUAGCGAUAUGAGAAUCAGCAUAAACCAGACGCCUGGGAACAGACUUGACUUUGGGUUUACAGUAAAAUGGGAUUUUUCCGGGAUCUUCGUAGCAUCUGUUGAGCCAGGCAGCUCAGCAGAAUUUUCCCAGCUACAGGUUGAUGAUGAAAUUAUUGCCGUUAACAACACCAAGUUUUCAUAUAAGGAUACACAAGAGUGGGAGGAAGCCAUGGCUAAUGCUCAAGAAACUGGCAAGCUAGUCCUGGACGUCAGGCGCCACGGGAAGUCUGACUGGGGCAAAGACCAGCCUUCCCUGCCAUGUACACGCCAUAAAACCCUCAAUCUCACCAGUAUGGCUACCAAAAUUAUAGGUUCACCUGAAACAAAGUGGAUCGAUACAACUUCUGGAGUUUACAGUUCAGAGAAGUCCUCCAAUCUGUCAGUAACAACUGAUUUCUCCGAAAGCCUUCAGAGUCCUAACACUGAAUCCAAAGAAAUCAAUGGGAUUCAUGAUGAAAGCCACACUUUGGAAUUAAAAGCAACUGAACCCAUUUCUUUGAAAAACUUAAAAAGGCGAUCACAAUUUUUUGAACAAGGAAGCUCCGAUGCUGUGGUUCCUGAUCUUCCCGCGCCCACCGUCAGCGCGCCGAGUCGUCGGGCCUGGGACCAGGAGGAGGAGCGCAGGCGGCAGGAGCGCUGGCAGAAGGAGCAGGACCGCCUGCUGCAGGAGAAGUAUCAGCGUGAACAGGAGAAACUGAGGGAAGAGUGGCAGAGGGCUAAGCAGGAGGCCGAGAGGGAGAACUCCAGGUACCUGGACGAGGAACUGAUGGUCCUAAACUCACACAGCAUUUCUCUGCCUGCCCGGGAGCCCGCUGUUGCCACCUGGGAGGCCUCUUGGAGUGAAGGGUCCAAGUCUUCUGACAGGGAAGGGACCCGGGCCGGCGAGGAGGAGGGGGACCCGCAGCAGGAGGAGCAGAGAAAGCAGGAGCAACUGGUCCUGGAGCAAGAGAGGAAGCUGAAGGAACAGCAGUAUCAGGAGGAGCAGGAGCGGAGGCGGCAGGAGGCCCAGUAUCAGGAGGAGCAGGAGCGGAGGCGGCGGGAGGCCCAGGCCCAGGCCGAGGCUGAGGCCGAGGCCCAGAGGCGCCGUGUGGAAGAGCAGAAGCACCAGGCGGAGAGAGAGAGGGAGACGUCGAUCAGAAUUUACCAGUACCGGAGGCCUGUUGAUUCCUAUGAUCUGUCAAAGACAGAGGAAGAAUCCUCCAGUUUGCUUCCUAGUGACAGGAAUAAGUCCAAGUCUACCACUGAACUGCGUGAUUUCGCCACAAAUAAAAAUGGAAGCAGUAGGUCUUCAGACCGCAGUGGGGACAGUAGCUCCUCCCAGAGGAGCUACAAGAAGGAGCCUGUCCCAUCAGGAGCAGAGUUGGAAAGACAGCAAAUCCUUCAGGAAAUGAGGAAGAGAACGUCCCUUCACAACGACAACAGCUGGAUCCGGCAGCGCAGUUCCAGUGUCAACAAAGAGCCAAUUAGUCUGCCGGGGACCAUGAGAAGAGGUGAAUCUCUGGAUCACCUGGAUUCCUCCAGAUCCAACUCUUGGAAGCCAACCCCGUGGCUCGGUCAGUCCACGGGUAUCUAUGCCUCUUCCUCUGUUCAGGACUUCAGUCGCCCACCACCUCAGCUGCUGUCCACGUCCAACCGUGCCUACCUGAGGAAUCCAUCCUCCAGCAUUCCCCCUCCUGCAGCUGGCCCUGUGAAGACCACAGCCGUGGGCACGGCCACCACCCGCACCUCCACCCCACAGAGCCAUUCCCCUUCCACUUCACAGCCGGGCUCUCAGCCACGCAGCAGGUCAGUCAGUGGGAAGCGCGUGUGCUCCUACUGCAAUACCAUUCUGGGCAAAGGAGCUGCCAUGAUCAUCGAGUCCCUGGGGCUUUGUUAUCAUUUGCAUUGUUUUAAGUGUGUGGCCUGUGAGUGUGACCUCGGAGGCUCGUCCUCAGGAGCCGAAGUCAGAAUCAGAAGCAACCAGCUCUACUGCAACGACUGCUAUCUCAGAUUCAAAUCUGGACGGCCAACUGCCAUGUGAUGUAAGCCUGCACGCGAAAACACUGCUGCAGAUAGAAGAAGAGGUGGUUGCAGCCGGUGUAGAUCUAUAAAUGUGUGUCGUAUGUCUUUUUUUGCUCCCUUUUUAAAAAAAAACAGAAUAACUUUUUUUCCUCUUUAGAUUACAUAGGAACACUGUAGGCUUGGUGGAGCCUGUGUUUUUGUUGUCAUUUAUUUAUAAGAAGGUAAUUAUGUGUGGGGGAAAAGUGCAGUAUUUACUUUUUGAAUUCAAGUAUCAUAAAAGCACAAGGGGAAAAGUAAGAACUUAAAAUAUUUUUGAGGCUGAUAAUGAUCUAGUUUGACUUUCUAGUGGUGUUUUGAAAAGAGGAUAUUUUAUUGUUUUUUUUAAAAGGUUCUUAAACAUUUGAAAUAGUUAAUAUAAAUACCUAAUUUCAUCCGCUCUGUUUAUUGUAAUGUAUGCUAAAUUAAUGCAAACGUGUACGGGAAAUUUUGUUAAAAUCCACCUCCAGAUUUGCUUCCUGUAUCCUGCUCUCCAUCUGUGUAAUGUGAUUUUUCAAUAUUUCGCCGUGUAACAUGUUAUUUGCUCGAUUAGGGGAGCUCUCUUUCUGCCUCAGAGUUACUGUUAGCAGUUCUCAAUGGAAAGCUGCUUACUUUCAUUGGUAACAAGUAACCACGGUUUGUACACCAGAAGUUUUCUGCAGAAACCAGUGAGCAUUUCUGUUCAACUACAUUUGUAAAUAAAUUUGCUGAUGCCUUUAA